GGUGGCAGGAAGAGGAAGAGGAGGAGGAGGAGGAGCAGGAGGAGGAGGAGGAGGAGGAAAAAGAACGAAGAUGCCAAAAUUGA